CACACUCUACGCUCUCUCUCUCUGCCUCCUCUGAUAACCACGUGGGUUUUGAGAAAUGCCAGCUACAAUGCCAUUGUCACCUGCGGCAACACCUACAAAGAACAAAUUUUGUCCCUUUUCUCGAUCCAUUUCCAAUAUAAACCCCCCUCCCUCUGCUCUGAUCAGUUGCAGUUCUGUAUUUGCAUUGCAGAGUGGUCGGUGAUCGGUGAUCGGUGGUGUCUGUAAAAAAAAAACCUGAGUCUUAAAGAAAGCGUUUUGAGACCAAGUUGCUCACUUUUCUGUCUGCAAUGGCUGAGGCAAACAAAGACCAGGUUUCCCAACCCAACAACAACGCCAUGCAAAACAACAACGCCGAUUCUGUGAACCCAGAACUCAACCUGGGGCUCUCUCUUGGAGAAAUCUACACUGAAAAUCCCAACGAUAACCCUCUGGCUCGGUCUUCAACGAUGGCUGGAUUCUUAAAACCCAAAACGACGGCGGAGGAGGAAACGUUGGCUGCUCCUCUUCUUUCAGUACAGCUGCCAAGGUCAAGCUCUGUUCCGGAAAGGACAGGGCAGCGGAUGAUUAGGCACAAGGACAUACUGGCGUUGAGAAGAAUGGCGAGAAAGAAGAGGUUGGCAGACAAGCUGAGGAAAGAAGAAUUAGCUGCUGUUUUGCGAGAGAGGACUAGCCCUCCGGCAGCACAGGCAUCGCAGCCGCCUGAAGCCAACGCCACCGAGCCCUUGAGCACCGUUUUUAAGUUCAAACUCAAAGCAGAGGGAUAUAUCUCUGUACCUGCUGCUCCAAACGGAGCAGGAUGUUUUGAGACAUUCCCUUCCGGUAGUGACAACAAGCCGGUGGUCACCUCUUCAAAAGUGGCCACUUUAGAACAUGUCAACCCUGCACAAAAUGUCAUGGAAAAUCCCUCAAAGGCGGCUAGAUUUUCCAAUGCUGUUGUGCAGAAGGAGGAGCUGACAUCCAAAAUGCCUUCUGUGAGAACCAUCGGAGCGGAUGGGAGGAAGACCGAGGGGGUUCUGUACAAGUAUAGACAAGGCCAGGUCGGCAUUUUGUGUGCUUGCCAUGGCAGUUUUCUCUCCCCAGCCGAAUUUGUCAAGCAUGCUGGUGGAAAUGAGGUGGCAAACCCCCUGAGGCACAUCAUUAUCUGCUCAACUCCAUCUGAUGAUUAGGUCAACGGUGGUGGCUCUGUCGCCCCAUUGUAAUUUUAAUGGAUAAUUGAACACCUUGAGUUGAGCAAUUAGCUCUAUUUUUAUAGUGAAAGUUUACUCUGAUUAUUAUCCUUUAUAUAGUCCUUUAUGAAAUAACUUUGGAAGGUUA